UGUGAGAGAACCCUCCCUCCAUAUCCAACACCAUGACCAACUCCUGCUGCUCCCCUUGCUGCCAGCCUACCUGCUGCAGGACCACCUGCUGCAGGACCACCUGCUGGAGACCAAGCUAUGUGACCAGCUGCUGCCAGCCCUGCUGCCAGCCCAGUUGCUGUGGCUCCAGCUGCUGCCAGCCUUGCUGUCAAACCACCUGCUGUAGGACCUGCUUCCAACCAAGUUGUGUGAGCAGCUGCAGCAGCACACCCUGCUGCCAGCCCAGCUGCUGUGUGUCCAGCUGCUGCCAGCCCUGCUGCCAACCCAAGUGUUGUGAGUCCAGCUGUUGCCAGCCCAGCUGCUGCAGCACACCCUGCUGCCAGCCCGGCUGCUGUGUGUCCAGCUGCUGCCAGCCCAGGUGUUGUGAGUCCAGCUGUUGCCAGCCCAGCACACCCUGCUGCCAGCCCAGGUGCUGUGAGUCCAGCUGCUGCAAGCCCUGCUGCAAGCCCUUCUGCCUCAACUUGUGCUGCAGGCCAGCCUGCUCUGGACCUGUGACCUGCACCAGGACUUGGUACCAGCCCACAUGUGUCUGUGUGCCUGGAUGCCUCUCCCAAGGUUGUAAGUCCAGCUGCUGUGAGCCUUGCAGUUGUUGAUCAACUUACCACUAUGAAACCUGUCUGAUAGCCACACUAAAGCAAACUCAGUGCUAUUUCUCUGAAAAUAAGCCUUACACUGUCUAACUACUGGUCAUCUCAUUUGCAGAUUUGUGCGUUUGCUUAGUAAGUACAGCAUUAUCUACUUUGUCCCUACUCAUUCCUCUGGUUUCCAGUCUCAGCCUUGGGGGAAAAGGCUUAUUUCAUUUUCAACUUACAGAAAGUUU